AUGAAUUUAGAAAGGAAACCAAAAUUAAUUGUAUUUGAUUUAGAUAAUUUUGUAUUGCCUUGUUCUGGGUGGAUACUCACGUUUCAUUGCCGCUGCGAAGAAACAGGAAACGUCGUAGAUGCCGCUGGAAGGAAAGUUCCUUACUACCCCGAAGUUCCAACAGUACUUGAACAUUUGAAAGCUCAGGGUUACACCUUAGCAGUCGCAUCAAGAACAGGGGAAAUAAGAGGGGCCAAUCAAGCCCUUCAGCUUUUUAACUGGGACAAGUACUUCACGUACAAGGAAAUAUACCCAGGUUGCAAAGUAAACCAUUUUAAUCAGUUCAGGAAGAUAUCUGGCAUACAGUUUCAAGACAUGCUCUUCUUUGAUGAUGAAUAUAGAAACAUCAGAGAUUUAGAAGCCCAGGGUGUGACGUCUGUUCUUGUUGAUGAUGGAAUAUCUUUUGCAGUUGUAGAAGAAGGACUCAAAGCUUUUAGUUCUCGAACGUCUUGACAUAAAUUGUUCUGUUCUGUUGUGUAAGCACUGGUGAUGUCAGUGUGGCUGUAAAAGUUUAUAUCGCUCUAUACAAUAUUUCCAAUGAAAAAGUAA